AUGCACGGGCGGCGGCUUCAGCCGGCGCUACGCUCUCCCCGCGUCCUCCAAUCGCGACACGUCUGCACGGCCGCUGCGCCGCUCGUUUCGCUCGUUUUGCUAGCACUCGCGUCGUUCGGGGGAUUCGGAUCGGUGCAAGUCGGUGCUACGCCGUUCAGCGUGUAUGACUCGUACCAGCCGCCGUGCCCCUUCCUGCCCGACCCUCCCCCGCAAGGUGCGGCCGCUCCCCCACUCCACAGGUACAACCCUCCCCCGCAAGGUACGUCCUCCCUUCCCCCCUUCCUGCCCGACCCUCCCCCGAAGGUAGUACGGCCGCCCUUCCCCCAAAGGCACGAUGUGUGCCCCGCGCAGUCCGCGGGAAGGCAUGGCUGGAAGCGGUGGAGCGACCCUGCCACGUGGACCAAUGGUGGCAGCUCCGUGAUUCCCGGGGUGAAGGCCACGGGGGGCGAGUGGGCGGAUGUGACUAUACCGUGCGGGACGGCCGUGCUGCUGGAUGUGCCUCUAGUGAGCCUCAACAGGCUCGUGAUCAAAGGCUGGCUCAGGGUCCUCGACUCGCCAUCCCUCCCAAGAGUGGAGGUGCAAGCAGCCUUCAUCAUAGUUCAAGGCCGUCUCUCCGCCGGAUCCACUGCAACGCCCUUCAGCCGCCUCGCCCUCUUCACCCUCCUCCCCUCGCCCUCUCGCGCCAACUUCACCCUCACUGAUCUCGCACCAGCCGACCCCCUAAACCCAAGGAACCUGGGUCACAAGGCUUUUAUCGUGGUGGGAGGCGCAGUGGACUUGCACGGCAUGCCCGGCUCCUCCUCUGCCCCAGCAUGGGUGCGCAUGGCAAGGACAGUGGCACCCGGGGAUAAAUUCUUGUUGGUGGAUGGCGAUGGGGAUGGGGAUGGGGAUGGGGAUGUCACUCAGUGGCCUGUGGGAGGCGCAGUGGACCUACAUGGCAUGCCCGGUUCCUCCUCUGCUCCUGCAUGGGUGCGCCUAGCAAGGACAGUGGCUCCCGGGGAUAAGUUUGUGGUGGUGGACGGCGAUGUCACUCAGUGGCCGGUGGGAGGCGCAGUGGACCUACAUGGCAUGCCCGGGUCUUCCUCUGCUCCUGCGUGGGUGCGCCUGGCAAGGACAGUGGGAGGCGCAGUGGACUUGCACGGCAUGCCCGGUUCCUCCUCCGCCCCUGCGUGGGUGCGCCUGGCAAGGACAGUGGGAGGCGCAGUGGACUUGCACGGCAUGCCCGGUUCCUCCUCCGCCCCUGCGUGGGUGCGCCUGGCAAGGACAGUGGCUCCCGGGGAUAAGUUUGUGGUGGUGGAUGGUGAUGUCACUCAGUGGCCGGUCGGCGGCACUGUAGCAGUUGCGUCCACUAGUGCGAAUAUGAACGAGGCCGAGACCGGGGUGAUUACUUAUGUCGCUCCCAUGCCUUCGGGGGGGGGCUUCUAUGUUGGAUUGGCCAAGGCUCUUAGGCGGUCACUUCAUGGUGUUUAUAACACGCACACCACAAUUCAUAGAGGGGAUUCAGUUCCUGGGCCUGGGCAACAAGGGCACGCUGCUGGGGCGUGGCACUCACUUCUCUUCCUUUGUGCCCCGUUAACAUUCCCUCCUGCAUCCCCGUCACUUCAUGGUGUUUCUAACGCGCACACCACAAUUCAUCGAGGGGGUUCAGUUCAGUUCCUGGGCCUGGGCAACCAAUGCGUGCUGUGUUGGGGCGCUUUUGAGAAUUCUCAAAAGUCGUGCACUCACUUCCCUCCUCCUCUGCUCCCUUUCUUCUCCUUUACCUUUCCCUCCUGCAUCCCCUUUACAGGAGGUCACUUCAUGGUGUUUAUGACGAAAACGCCGCAAUUCAUCGAGGGAGUGCAAUUCCUGGGCCUGGGCAACCAGGGCACGCUGGGGCGGUACCCCCUACACUUCCAUAUCUGUGGAGACAACAACCAGGCGCACGUGGUUAGGAAGAACGUGAUUGCUGCGAGCAACCAGCGCUGUGUGGUCAUCCACGCCACCUCCGAUGUGACUAUAGAGGAGAACGUGGCAUAUGAGACCAAGGGGCACUGCUUUAUAACGGAGGAGGGCAGCGAGUAUAACAAUGUGUUCAAACGCAACCUGGGCAUCAACAUCCGCGGAGUGCGCAAGGUGAUCCCCCCUGGAACCUCAGACAGACUGGACAGGCAGUCGGACAACCAGGCCACCGCCUUCUGGAUGGCCAGCCGCCCUAGACUCAUCCUUGCCUCCCCCACUUCCCCCCUUCCUCCAUCCACUGGUGUGCAAGUGCGCAAGGUGAUCCCCCCUGAAACUUCCGAUCGACUGGACAGACAGACGGACAACCAGGCCACCACCUGUUGGAUGGCCGCUCUUACUCUCAACCUCUACAUCUCCUCCCUAUUCUCCCUCCUCCCUCCACCAGUGCGCAAGGUGAUUCCCCCUGAGUCGUCAGACAGAUUGGACAGACAAACAGACAACCAGGCCACCACCUUUUGGAUGGCCAGCGGUCCCUUACACCCCUCCGUGCAUCCCAACCCCACCAUCCACCCUCUGUCCCCCUCCACUCCACCAGUGCGCAAGGUGAUCUCUCCCGAGACCUCGGAUCGCCUGGACCGGCAAACAGACAACCAGGCCACCACCUUUUGGAUGGCCAGCCCUCGCAACGACCUGAUCGGGAACGUGGCGGCUGGAUGUGACAAUACCGGGCAGACGGACAACCAGACCACCACCUUCUGGUACGGGACUCCCCUCAUGCGAGUCUCCAAACGGCUUGAUCUGGGCGGCACCCCCCACCUGAACCUCAGCUAUCUUCCCAUGUCCUCACAUGUCCCCCCCACCAGCUACUGCUUCUGGUACGAGAUGCUCGCUAGAAUGAGGGGGGCUUCCAAGCGGCUUGAUCUGGGCGACACCCCCAUGCCCUUCUUCGACUCGUUCGGCAAGUUUGACGGCAACGUGGCUCACUCGUGCAAGGCUGGCGUGCGCAUGUAUCCCCAUGGGAACCGCCCCCCCAAGGAGAGGCUUGAUCUGGGUGACACCCCCAUGCCCUUCUUCGACUCGUUCGGCAAGUUUGACGGCAACGUGGCUCACUCGUGCAAGGCUGGCGUGCGCAUGUAUCCCCAUGGGAACCGCCCCCCCAAGGAGUCCUUGACUCUUGACGCGUAUCACUCUCACACCCACCUUGUGCUUCUUGCCCUCUGCUCUUCUCGCCCUGCCACCCCCCACAGAUCACCAGCCAAGCAAGCCUCUGGAGCUGCGUCAACCAAGGCGGUUUCUGCAGCAGUCCUUGAAGCAUAA